AUGGUGUACUUCACUUCCACGGCCAGACAGGAGAACUGGCUACAUUACAAUGGUGGGAGAUAUGUCGAGGUAGCUGUGUUUCAGCGAACUCAAGGGAUAUGCCAAGGGGAGUACAUCGCUGAGUGCGCGACCAGCACGUGCGGCUACUUGUUAAAUAUUGAGAGAUUUUUCGGAAGAGUGUGUGUACCAGCUGUAUAUUAUCCUCGAAGAGGGAUUACCAACGGCCCUCAGCCCUACUGUCGCUUUCCUAUACAUAAUGUCAACAACAUUAUUCAAAAUAGCGGGCUCGCUACUGGAGAGACAGGUUCACAGCUUAGCGGAAUGCUAAGGUAUCCUCCGACAAGCUUGACCAAUACUACGUUCGGUAGUCUAACUGCACAUGCUGCGGCAUGCGGCUUCUCUUCUGACCAUGAAGCAGAGCUUCUCCAUGAUCCGGGUCGAGGACCGUCUAGAUGUUGCCUAGGCUGGUCUAGGUCACCUAACGGCAUCCAGGCUGUUUCUAGGUGUCUCUACGUGUCUCCGUUGAGUCGUAUUAGGUAUAAAAUAGAACUCCGCCGGCUGUACCCGAAGUCAUUCAAAUCGGAUGACUUACAUAAUAACAGCCUCUUCGAGAGCUGA